UAGACUGAGCAGAACACCAUCGUGGUAUGACAGCUUUAUCGGUAUGUGCAUUCAGAAUCAUAACUAUGGCAACAAAGGCGAACCCGGAAAUCACAUAACCUUUACUUUCUUGUGAUGACGUGCUCUAUGUGUACAUCUUGCAACUUCAGAAUUAUCUAUGAAAUCUUUGUUUGCUAAGCAAUUUAGGAACUAGCUCAAAUUGGUUGCGUCUGUUGCAACAAUGUGCCUAACUCGGACUCCACUGCGGGCUGCUCUCACUCAGAUCUACUAGUCGACGUGCACUGUUAUUUACUGGAAGAAGACCAAUGCCAAAGACUACUAAGCUGGGCUCCUGUGAAGCACACUUGUCUCUCUCGUCAGCUGCCAGACAGACUGUUUACUGCUGUCACAAGAGGAUGUCGUUGAAUGCUGCAGUUUUUCUUUGCGAUAUUAAACCUUCUGAUUCCAUGGUUGCUGUGGCGGGUUGUUAACGCCAAGCUGAUGCCACUGAAGGACGAGGAGUCUCAUCCUGGCUGUAGAGCCGCAGUCGCAGAACAGGACAUGCAGAGCGAUGAUGCCACACGCUCACCUGCUGACGCAGAACAUUCCACGGCCACGGUUCCGGCAGCUUCCUCAACCGCGGGUGAGGAGAAAGCUGUCCUGACCCACAGGGCCACGGCACGCUCCACGUCUACACCAGCGGAGCCCCAGCCUGGAGCCACCUCGUCCAAAAUGCAGCCCGAUCGGAAGCACACGUCUCAGCCGCUGACGUCAGCCAAGACCCAGGCUGGCAGCAGAGCGAGCAGGCCCAAGUUCAGCUCGGACGCCGCGGGUAGAGCUCGCCUCAAGUUCAUCCUCGGAGCUUCGGAGGACAAUUCUUCAGAUGAUGAGUCUCCGGUCGUUAGGCCGAAACCUCCCAGUGGCCUGUCUGACCCGAUGCCACCCCCACAGUUUGUCCCCCCACAGAAAACUGCCCCCCCCACGCCCUCCCCUGGCAUGAGGCCCAGUAUGUCUGGCCCUCACCUGCUGAAGAAAGGACGUGAACACAGGAAGAUGGACGUGCACAGAGACUUCACGGUGGCCUCGCCAGCCGAGUUUGUCACUCGCUUUGGUGGAAACCAAGUCAUAGAUAAGGUGCUGAUAGCUAAUAAUGGCAUAGCUGCGGUCAAAUGCAUGCGUUCCAUACGCCGUUGGGCCUACGAAAUGUUCCGGAAUGAGAGGACCAUUCGUUUUGUUGUCAUGGUUACACCCGAAGACUUGAAGGCUAAUGCAGAAUACAUCAAAAUGGCCGACCACUACGUACCUGUACCUGGCGGAGCGAAUAACAACAACUAUGCUAACGUGGAGCUGAUUGUAGACAUCGCCAAGAGGAUCCCAGUACAGGCUGUCUGGGCCGGCUGGGGGCACGCCUCUGAGAAUCCUAAACUUCCCGAACUUUUGAACAAGUCAGGAAUAUCAUUUCUAGGGCCGUCCAGUAAAGCCAUGUGGGCUCUGGGAGACAAGGUGGCGUCCUCCAUAGUGGCCCAGACUGCGGACAUUCCAACUCUCCCCUGGACUGGCUCAGGUCUGAAGGUGGACUGGUGCGAGGAGGACCAGAGUUUCGGUCAUGUCAUCAGCGUGCCGCCAGAGAUCUACGUGCACGGUUGCGUGCGUGACGUCGAUGAAGGGCUGGAGGGGGCAGAGAAGAUCGGCUACCCUGUGGUAAUAAAGGCUUCAGAAGGAGGAGGAGGAAAAGGCAUUCGCAAAGUGGACUGUGCCGACAACUUUGCCAGCUUCUUCAGACAGGUCCAGGCAGAGAUGCCCGGCUCGCCCAUCUUCAUCAUGCAGCUGGCGCAGCACGCCCGCCACCUGGAGGUCCAGAUCCUGGCCGACCAGUACGGCAACGCCAUCUCCAUGUUCGGCCGCGACUGCUCCAUCCAGAGGAGGCACCAGAAGAUCAUCGAGGAAGCUCCUGCCACCAUAGCGUCCACCGCCACCUUCGAACAGAUGGAGCGGCACGCGGUGCGGAUGGCCAAGAUGGUGGGCUACGUGAGCGCGGGCACGGUGGAGUAUCUCUUCUCUGACGACGGCAGCUUCAACUUCCUGGAGCUCAACCCCCGCCUGCAGGUGGAACACCCCUGCACCGAGAUGAUCGGAGACGUCAACCUGCCCGCCGCCCAGCUCCAGAUUGCUAUGGGCAUCCCCCUCCACAGGAUCAAGGACAUCCGCUUGCUGUAUGGGGAGGCCCCCUGGGGGGGGACCACCAUUAACUUCGAGGCCCCUGAGUUCCCUCCGAGCCCCCGAGGCCACGUCAUCGCAGCCCGCAUAACCAGCGAGAACCCAGACGAGGGCUUCAAACCCAGCUCGGGGACGGUGCAGGAGCUGAACUUCCGCAGCAGCAAGAACGUGUGGGGCUACUUCAGCGUGGGGGCCACGGGGGGGCUGCACGAGUUUGCCGACUCCCAGUUCGGACACUGCUUCUCCUGGGGGGAGAACAGAGAGGAGGCCAUCUCGAACAUGGUGGUGGCCAUGAAGGAGCUGUCUAUCAGAGGAGACUUCAGGACCACUGUGGAGUACCUCAUCAAGCUGCUGGAAACGGAGAGCUUCAGGAACAACGACAUUGACACCGGCUGGCUAGAUCACCUCAUAGCUGACAAAGUGCAGGCCGAGAGGCCGGACACCAUGUUGGGCAUCGUGUGUGGCUCUCUACACGUGGCCGACUCCAGCUUCAGGAAGAGCAUGUCGGACUUCCUGCACUCUCUUGAAAGGGGCCAGGUGCUUCCCGCUGCCAGCCUGCUCAACACCGUCGACCUGGAUCUCAUCAACGAGGGGGUCAAGUACUCCCUGAAGGUGGCCCGCCAGUCCCCGACCACGUACGUCGUCCUGUUGAACAACUCGGACAUCGAGAUCGACGUCCACCGGCUGAGCGACGGAGGCCUCCUGCUCUCCUACAACGGCAGCAGCUACACCACCUACAUGAAGGAGGAGGUGGACAGCUACCGCGUCACAGUCGGCAACAAGACAUGUAUGUUUGAGAAGGAGAAGGACCCCACGGUGCUGAGAUCGCCCUCUGCUGGAAAGCUUCUGCAGUACAUCGUGGAGGACGGGGGCCAUAUCUGCGCUGGACAGCCCUACGCUGAGAUCGAGGUGAUGAAGAUGGUCAUGACCCUGACCGUGGAGCAGUCCGGCUGCAUUCACUGCAUCAAGAGACCCGGGGCGGUCCUAGACCCAGGCUGCGUGGUGGCCAGGAUGGAGCUGGACGACCCCAGCAGCAUCCACCCGGUGAAGCUGAACGUAGACUCCCUGCCGGCCCAGCAGCCUCUGCCCAUUGUGGGGGAGAAGCUCCACCAGGUGUUCCACAGCAUCCUGGAGAACCUGGUCAAGGUCAUGGACGGAUACUGUCUCAUGGAGCCCUACUUCAGCAACAAGGUGAAGACGUGGGUGUGGACGCUGAUGAGGACCCUGCGCGACCCCUCCCUGCCCCUGCUGGAGCUGCAGGAGAUCAUGACCAGCGUGGCCGGACGCCUCCCCCCCGCCGUGGAGAAGGCCAUCCGCAAGGUCAUGGCCCAGUACGCCAGCAACAUCACCUCCGUGCUCUGCCAGUUCCCCAGCCAGAGGAUUGCUAACGUCCUGGACAGCCACGCGGCCACGCUCCAGAGGAAAGCCGACCGGGAGGUGUUCUUCAUGAACACCCAGAGCAUCGUCCAGCUGGUGCAGAGGUACCGCAGUGGAAUCCGGGGAUACAUGAAGUCUGUGGUUCUGGACCUGCUGAAGAGGUACCUGCAGGUGGAGAUGCAGUUCCAGCAAGCUCACUAUGACAAGUGUGUGAUCAACCUGAGGGAACAGUACAAGCCCGACAUGACACCUGUGCUGGAGUUCAUCUUCUCCCACGCUCAGGUCGCCAAGAAGAACAUCCUGGUCACCAUGCUCAUUGACCAGCUGUGUGGAAGAGACCCCACCCUGGCAGACGAGCUGAUGGUCAUCUUGAACGAGCUGACUCAGCUCAGCAGGAUGGAGAACUCCAAGGUGGCGCUGCGUGCUAGACAGGUCCUGAUCGCCUCCCACCUCCCAUCCUAUGAGCUGAGGCACAACCAGGUGGAGUCCAUCUUCCUGUCAGCCAUCGACAUGUACGGACACCAGUUCUGCCCUGAAAACCUCAAGAAACUCAUCCUGUCCGAGACCUCCAUCUUCGACGUGUUGCCCAACUUCUUCUACCACUCCAAUCGAGUAGUGUGCAUGGCCGCCCUGGAGGUGUACGUGCGGAGGGGUUACAUCGCCUACGAGCUCAACAGCCUCCAGCACCACCAGCUGCACGACGGGACGUGUGCCGUCGACUUCCAGUUCAUGCUGCCCUCGUCGCAUCCUAACAGAGGGAGCAGCCCUACUCUGAACAGGGUGGCGAUGCCAGUGAGCAGCGCCGGCCAGUUUGAGAUGAAGCGUCAGGACAGCGAGCUGUUCCUGGAGGGGGCGCUCUCCCCCCCCUGCCAGCGCAUGGGCGCCAUGGUGGCCUUCCAGUGCUUCGAGGACUUCCAAAGGAACUUCGACGAGGUCCUCACCAGCUUUGCUGAGCCGCUGACGGAUAGCCCGAUGUUUUCUGAGGCGUGCUCCACCCUCUACGAGGAAGAGAACUGCAGGAACAUGAGGGAGAACCCCAUCCACAUCAUCAACAUCUCCAUCAAGUCUGCUGACACAGAGGAUGAUGAUGCCUUGGUCACCGCCCUGGCUGACUUCACUCAGUCCAAGAAAGCCUUACUCUUUGAUUAUGGAAUCAGAAGGAUUACGUUUCUGAUUGCACAAAAGAGAGAAUUCCCCAAGUAUUUCACGUUCAGAGCCAGGGACGGGUUCCAGGAGGACCGCAUCUACCGGAACCUGGAGCCGGCUCUGGCCUUCCAGCUGGAGCUGAACCGCAUGAGGAACUUUCACCUGCAGGCCGUUCCCUGUUCCAACCACAAGAUGCACCUGUACCUGGGGGGCGCCCGUGUCCAGGCCGGCGCCGAGGUCACCGACUACCGCUUUUUCAUCCGAGCUAUUAUCCGCCACUCAGACCUCAUCACCAAGGAGGCCUCUUUCGAGUACCUGCAGAACGAGGGAGAGCGCCUUCUGCUGGAGGCCAUGGACGAGCUGGAGGUGGCCUUCAGCAAUACCACCGCCCGCACGGACUGCAACCACAUCUUCCUCAACUUCGUCCCCACCGUCAUCAUGGACCCCUCCAAGAUCGAGGAGUCGGUGCGCUCCAUGGUGAUGCGCUACGGCAGCCGCCUGUGGAAGCUGCGGGUGCUGCAGGCCGAGCUGAAGAUCAACAUCCGUCUGACGCCCACCGGCAGCGCCAUCCCCGUCCGUCUCUUCCUCACCAACGAGUCGGGCUACUACCUGGACAUCAGCCUCUACAACGAGGUCACCGACCUUGCCGGGCAGAUCAUGUUCCACUCCUAUGGCGACAAGCAGGGCCCUCUGCAUGGCAUGCUCAUCAACACUCCCUACGUGACCAAAGACCUCCUCCAGUCCAAACGCUUCCAGGCCCAGACCCUCGGCACCACCUACGUCUACGACUUCCCCGAGAUGUUUAGACAGGCUCUGUUCAAGCUGUGGGGCCCAGGAGACAGCUGUCCCAAGGACGUGUUGAUGUGUUCUGAGAUGGUGCUGGACCCCCAGGGCCAGCUGGUGCAGAUGAACCGUCAGCCUGGAGACAACGAGGUGGGAAUGGUGGCCUUCAGGAUGAGGAUGAAGACCCCAGAGUACCCAGACAGCCGGGACAUCAUCGUCAUCUGCAACGACAUCACCUACAUGAUCGGCUCCUUCGGGCCGGAGGAGGACCAGCUGUUCCUGAAGGCGUCGGAGCUGGCGCGGGCCGAGGGCAUACCUCGCAUCUACAUCUCGGCCAAUAGCGGGGCUCGCAUCGGCCUGGCCGAGGAGAUCCGUCACAUGUUCCAGGUGGCCUGGAUCGACCCGGAGGAUCCAUACAAGGGCUUCAAGUACCUUUACCUCAAGCCCCAGGACUACACCCGCAUCAGCUCCACCAACGCCGUGCACUGCCACCACGUAGAGGAAGGAGGAGAGUCCAGGUACAUCAUCACCGACAUCAUCGGGAAGGACGAGGGUCUGGGGGUGGAGAACCUGCGGGGGUCGGGCACCAUCGCCGGGGAGACGUCCCAGGCCUACCAGGAGAUCGUCACCAUCAGCAUGGUGACCUGCCGGGCCAUCGGUAUUGGCGCCUACCUGGUGCGGCUGGGCCAGAGGGUCAUCCAGGUGGAGAACUCCCACAUCAUCCUGACCGGAGCUGGAGCCCUUAACAAGGUCCUGGGUCGGGAGGUGUACACCUCCAACAACCAGCUGGGUGGAGUUCAGAUCAUGCACAACAACGGCGUCACACACACCACCGUGCCGGACGACUUUGAGGGCGUUUUCACCAUCCUGCAGUGGCUGUCCUACCUACCAAAGAACAAUAUCUCUCCGGUGCCAAUGAUGCCACCUAAAGACCCGGUGGAGAGAGAGAUUGAGUUCACCCCCACCAAGGCUCCGUAUGACCCUCGCUGGAUGCUGGCAGGGAGAACCCAUCCUACGGUGAAAGGGGCCUGGCAGAGCGGGUUCUUUGACCAUGGCUCGUUCAUGGAGAUCAUGGGGUCCUGGGCCCAGACUGUGGUGGUGGGCAGAGCCAGGUUAGGAGGGAUUCCCCUUGGUGUCAUCGCCGUGGAAACGCGCACCGUCGAGGUCGCCAUCCCAGCAGAUCCAGCCAACUUGGACUCAGAGGCCAAACUCAUCCAGCAGGCUGGCCAGGUGUGGUUCCCUGACUCGGCCUUCAAAACAGCCCAGGUCAUCCGGGACUUCAACCGGGAGAGACUCCCGCUCAUGGUGUUCGCCAACUGGAGGGGAUUCUCUGGAGGCAUGAAGGACAUGUACGACCAGGUACUGAAGUUCGGGGCCUACAUCGUGGAGGGACUGCGUGAGUUCCGUCAGCCUGUGCUGGUCUACAUCCCUCCCCACGCUGAGCUGAGGGGCGGCUCCUGGGUGGUCAUCGACCCCACCAUCAACCCCCUCUACAUGGAGCUCUACGCAGACCGAGAGAGCAGGGGCGGCGUGCUGGAGCCGGAAGGGACUGUGGAGAUCAAGUUCAGGAGGAAGGACCUGCUGAAGACCAUGCGCAGGAUCGACUCUGUCUACGGCCGCCUGGCCGAACAGCUUGAUAACCAAGUGACCCCUCCCCCUCCUGGUGGGCCGGCAGGGACCCCUGAGCUGUCGGAGAAGCAGAGGAGGGAUGUGGAGGCCCAGCUGAGGGCCAGGGAGGACUUCCUGCUGCCCAUCUACCACCAGGUGGCGGUGCAGUUUGUGGACCUCCACGACACCCCCGGCAGGAUGCAGGAGAAGGGGGUCAUCACUGACAUCCUGGAGUGGAAGAACGUGCGCAGCUUCUUCUACUGGCGUCUCCGGCGCCUCCUGCUGGAGGACGUGGUGACGAGGGAGAUCCUUCAGGCCAACUGUGACCUCGGCAACGGCCACAUCCAGUCCAUGCUGCGCCGCUGGUUCGUGGAGACGGAGGGCGCCGUCAAGGCCUACCUGUGGGACAACAACCAGGUGGUGGUGGAGUGGCUGGAAAAGCAUCUAGCCAACGAGGACGGCAUGCGAUCAGCCAUCCGAGAAAACAUCAAGUACCUGAAGAGAGACUACGCCCUGAAACACAUCCGCAGUCUGGUGGAGUCCAACCCUGAGGUAGCCAUGGACUGCAUCAUCCACAUGAGCCAGAGCAUCACUCCCUCCCAGAGGGCCAAGGUCUCCCACCUGCUGGCCACCAUGGACACUAGCAGCAACGCCAGCAGCAGCAGCAGUAGCAGCAGCAGCUAGGCCCUGGAGCCAGGCUCCCUCUGAUGCCUGGGCACCUUGGAGCGAGCGCUCAGCACAAGUGCCACUGCCUUCUUUAUACCAACAGUAGGUGGGACAAUAAAGUCAAAUCCAAGCGAAGCGUUUGUUUACCUCUCAGGGCUGGAACGAUCACAACAGGCCGCAUCCCCGACAUUUCACACUACAUGCUGUGGCGGCCGCCAUCUUUGAUUUGGAGAUUUAGACAAAGCUAUAUGUGUGGGGGGGUUUCCCCCAACACAUGGAUGCAUUUGUGAAUUGGACCAUGUGCCUUUCAGCUCAACUCUGCCUUUUAACGCAUACAUACUGUAUUUGAAACUGGUAGCUAUGGUGUCAGAGAGAAUAGAAUCGAAUUUGUCCAGAUUCAUAAUUCUGUAGUAAGAGACCUUAGUUUGAUGUAUUUGUGUUUUGAAAAGGUAAGAGACACAAUAUAUGCCAGUACGAUGACUUGACCCUACGGUUCUCUGAGGGGGUGGUGAGGGUGGGGGUGGGGGGGGGGGAUCUGAGUGAAGUGUGUUUAUGCCUCUUACAGGACCUACAUUCAACCAAAGAACAGGUGCUCUCCUGUGGGGUGUGUGACCUACAAUAUUCGUGACAAAAUGCUUGAUCCAUUUGUCUUGUUGAAGCCAGUUCAGCAUAUCAGUAUUGUGUUUAAAUUACGAGGUGCAACUGAAGAGUCCAGUAAGAUUUCUUUGUACUAACCGCCAUUCAUUUUUUUUUUAUCGUUGUCUGUUAGUACUGAUGAAAAAAUUCCUGUUACGCCCAAAACAGUUUGUUAGCUAGUAUGAUUUCAGCACAUUUCAGUUUUCUUUAUUUUACCAGUCAUUUCACAGUGCUGUAGAUCUGGACUUAACCCUCAAUGCCUCCCAAAUAUAUUUUUGGGUUAUUUCAAACAAUGACAGUCAAUGAAAGAAGUUAGAUUGACAGGUGCAGGUAUGACUUGAUACUAUGUGUCCCGUGUGUCAUUUUUGUAAUGGUUGAUAUAAUGUACGGCUGUUGUUCAACUCAGGGGAAUAGUGAAGCCAGUUGUUUUAUAGGCUAAAUGAUAGAUGGCUUUCUGCUGCCUUACUUUCAAUCAACACAUACUCGUUGCUAUGACAAUGUACAAAUGUCUAUCUUACGUUGCUCUAAAAAAGUGGUGCCUGUAACAGAAUUAUUUCAGUGAAGUGUCAGUCUUGUGUACCCAUGUGUCAUUCUUUUAUUGUGGUUGGUGUAUCGAUCAUGAUGUACAACAUUCUGAAAAUGUUAAUCGCAGUGAAUUAAAAAAAGAUUAUCAGA